AUGACCGCCGCCGCCGCGGUUGCUCCGUCGGCGUCGCUGGGUAUGAUCCCCCAUCGUAGGUAUUUUGGACCGAAUGGCGUCCGGCAACCCGUGGCCGCUUCCUCUUGUAGGAGAUCAGCUCUCAGGAUUGCAGCCGCCAGUUUCUCUGGUCGGAACGAGUUGGAAUUGUUGCUCCCGCAGUCCCCCGGCUCGGCUGGCUACGCCGCCGCCGUUGAGUCUUGCGACUGCCUCCGUGCCGGUCGGCAGAUCCACGCCCACGCCGCCAAGAAUGGAUACGCCGGCAGCGCCGAGUUCUUGCACACGAAGCUCGUCUCCAUGUACAGCCGGUGCGGUAGCUUUGAGAGCGCGUGGUGCCUGUUCGAGAAAAUGCCCACCAGGACCCUGCACACCUGGUCGAGCAUCCUCAGCGCGUGCGUCGACCACGGCUUCUUCGAGGAAGCUCUAUCUCUACUUCUCGGGCUGCUGGAAGAAGAGAUGGAACUGCAAUUCUUCGUGUUCCCCGCAAUCUUGAGAGCCUGCGGAGGCCUGAGCGAGCUGCGACUUGGGAAGCAACUCCAUGGAUUCGUCGUCAAAUUGGGUUUCAUAUCGAGCAUUUACCUGGGCAAUUCUCUGAUCGACAUGUACGGUAAAUGCGAAAGCCCCGAAGAUGCUGAAUCGGUCCUGAGGAAGAUGCCGGAGACCGACCUUGUUUCAUGGAACUCCAUGCUGACGGCCCGUGCAGGAAAUGGGAUGGUGUUCGGAGCGCUGGAGAUUCUGGAGAGAAUGCGGGCGUCUGGAGAUCCAUCUCCUAAUCUCGUCUCCUGGAGCGCAGUUCUCGGCGGGUUCGCUCAGAAUGGCUACGACAGGGAGGCUCUCGGCAUGUUCUACCAAAUGAAGGCCGCCGGCGUCGAGCCAAAUGCGCGAGUUCUCGCCAGCAUCUUGCCUGCCUGCGGAAGAUUACAGUCACUCACCAUCGGCAAGGAGAUCCAUGGCUAUGUGGUCAGACAUCAGUACAGUUCCAAUCCCUAUAUCAUCAAUGGAUUGGUGGACUUCUACAGGAGAUGCGGCGACAUGGUCAGCGCUUUCAGGAUCUUCUCGAGGUUCUCCUCGAGGAACUCGGCUUCCUUCAACACGAUGCUGGUUGGGUUCUGCGAGAAUGGCGAGGUGGAGACGGCGAGAAGGCUAUUCGAUGAAAUGGAACUUCUCGGAGUGAAGAGGGACUCAAUCUCCUGGAACUCGAUGAUCUCCGGGUACGCUGACAACCGGCGCUCCGGCAAGGCCAUGGAGCUCUUCAGAGACAUGCAGUUUGAGGAAGGCGUCGCCGCCGACUCCUUCACCCUGGGCAGCAGCAUCAUGGCCUGUGCCGAAGCCGCCUCUCUGGGACGGGGGAAGGAGAUCCAUUCCUUCGCCCUUACUCGGGGCCUGAGCUCCUAUACCCACGUCAGCGGCGCUCUCGUGGAGAUGUACUGCAGGUGCGGAGAUCUAGAGUCUGCCCGGAGAAUUUUCGAGCGAGCACGUUCCAAGGAUCUGGCCAUUUGGAAUUCCCUGAUCUCCGGGUACGCAAGAUCGAACCAAAUGGAGCAGGCCCGGUUCCUCCUCGGCAUGAUGAAACAAGGGGGCUUAGAACCCAAUGGCCAUACAUGGAACGGAAUCCUCUCGGGGCAAAUGGAGAACGAACAGUAUGAAUCGGUUCUGCAUGUGUUUGCUGAAAUGCAGUCCUCUGGUCUGAAGCCUGAUGUCUACACCAUGGGCAUCAUUCUACCCGCCUGCUCGAGGUUGGGGAGUAUCGAGAGGGGGAAGCAGAUUCAUGCCCACCUGAUCAGAUCCUGCUGGGACUCAGGUACCCACCUCGGAACGGGCCUGGUGGAUAUGUAUGCCAAAUGUGGAAGUAUAAAGCUUGCAGAGGCGGCCUUCCAGAGGAUCUCACACCAUAACCUGGUGGCCUGCAACACCAUGCUUGCAGGGUUUGCCGCUCAUGGCCUUGGGAAGAAGGUCGGGGCCCUCUUCCGUCGGCUUCUGUCAGAUGGGGUCGACCCAGAUGAAAUCACCUUCUUGUCCGUCUUAUCUUCCUGCGCCCAUGAGGGGGCCAUUGAUAGGAGCUAUGAAUACUUCGCUUUGAUGGAGAAAUUCGGCCUCAAACCAGGCGUCAAGCACUACUCCUGUAUGGUUGACCUCUUGAGCCGAGCCGGGCACCUGGGCGAGGCCUUCAAGCUUGCUCGGGAGAUGCCGGUGGAGCCCGACGCCGUGAUGUGGGGCGCAAUCCUCCGUGGCUGCGUUCUCCAUGGAUUUCCGGAGCUCGGAGAAGUUGCAGCGAAGAAGCUUAUCCAGUUGGAGAGGAACGCCGGAAACUACGUCGUUCUUGCAAAGUUGUACGCUUCUGCGAGAAGGCGGGAUGAAUCCGCCGAGAUGAUGCGACUUUUGAGGGGGAAGAAGAUGAAGAGGAGCUCUGGAUGCAGCUGGAUUGAGGACGGGAGAAAGGUUCGCGUGUUUCUUGCUGGGGACACCUCCCAUGAAGAGACGGCCGAGAUCUACGAGACUCUGAUCAGGCUGAAUUCGCACAUGAAGUCUGAAUAG